AUGAAGAGAUCUUUCAAGGCAAUCUUAAGUAGUCAAACUAAAAGAAAGGAUUUUUUUUUCUAUUUUGAAAUCUCUGAAGAAUUCUCUAAAUAUUUUUCAAGAGCUAGUUGUCACCAUGCCUAUAAAAUUCAAAAAACAUUAGAUAUCUUCGCAGGGUUUAAAAAUAGUAAGACAGAAGCAGUUUCUGGCAAACGUGAAGGAAUAUUAUGCUUGAUACCCUUGAAAUUGUUCAAGAAAAAAUGUUUUUAUGUGAAGAAAAACAAACAUCAAAUGAAAUUGAAUCUCAGAACAAACCCACGACCACGAUGCAUUAGAAGAUUUACAUUUUUAGAUACUAUUCAAGAGUCUAUUCACCUCUUACCUAAUGUCUGUAUAGUCAGUAGAUGUACAGCAAAUGCAAGCUUCUAA